AUGGUCAAAGACAAGGACGGCGACACCGUCGCUACGUUCAAUGGAAAAUGGAUAUCAUAUUCGCAUACCGCCAUGGCCUACUGUGCCUUUGUCGGCGCCCUCGUAGUUGGAAUAUGGCUACACUACCACAAGAUCGUACAGAACGAGUUCUACGGCUACCCAGAUGAAUGGUUCCCAUCCGUGUCCGCGACUAUCGGCGACCGCUACCCAGAGCGUUCGGUGUUUAUGCUCUUCAUCGCCCUCACAUCCGGCCCUCGAUUUGCGCUCGUUGGCCUUUGGUACAUCUUGACCCGCCGUCCUAACUCGUCCCUCCCCAAGUUCAUCGCUGGCGUUGGCAUCUUUCGGACCUUAACAUGUGGGGGGUGGACAUAUGUGACCUCUACAGACGACCACGACUGGCACGACAUUUUCAUGAUCUCAUACCUUGUCGCGACCCUUCCUUGGACCUUGGGCUGUGUUGCUCUCAGCCCCAAGAACCCCACUGCUCUCAAGUACCGAAAAGUCCUCGCUGGCAGCUUUUUCGGAACUCUUGUGCCGUUGAUAUACUUUUUCAUUCAACACAAGGUACAUCGUGUUGCCGGAGCCUACACUAUUUACGCUUUCUUCGAAUGGGCACUGGUUCUGCUCGACGUAGGCUUUGAUGCUGUCACCAUGAUCGAAUUCCAACAUUUGGAGAUUGUCGUCAAGGAUGUUCGAGGUGUUUCCCGCCUAAAAAACAAGGAAAUGAGCGCGACCUUCUCAGGUGCCUUUGCCUGGUCCGGACUCAUUUAUGCUGCGGCAGAUGUGUACAAUGGAUUUGUCUUCUGGUCCAUGCUGACUUCCCUUGGCGUCUGCGUCUGGUACUUCCCGCUUUGGCACAUGGGUAUCUCUGGGUAUGAGGCCUUGGUCAUGUGCACCAUCACUCCCUUCUUCCUUGGCAUCAACCCCAUACGCUACCUUGCCACUCGCUACGUCUGGUUCUUCCAUUUGCUCUCACUCUCUGGGCUUCUUGCCUUUCUCGCAAAGACGCCUGUCAACCGACUCUUCGCUGUUGGUUUUGGUCUAUCCAUGUCGUGCCUCGCAUGGUCUGCUACUUUCUUCGCCGAACGGUCCCAACCACAUCGCCUCGAAGCACGCAUCUCUGCUUUUGCUAUCGGUCUAAUAGCUUCCAGUAUUGCCAAGUUUGCUUUUUGGACAAACAACCCAAUCUGGCCAAUUAUGCAUGAGGCGAACGGCGGAUGGAACAGGACCGGUCUUGUAGUUGCCUUCGUAUCGAUGCUUAUAUCGACCAGAUCUACCGCCAGCUCAGGUGCUGACGUGCCAGCUCAGGGCCCUACUAAAGGGUCGUCCGUCUUUGCGAGCUUCGGUUUGGCAGGAGUCAUGUUCGCCAUGCACUCGCUGCUCUCCGACUCGAGUACGAUGAUCUCUUGGGUAUGGGAAGGCUACCCCGUUCGGGGUCCCCUGGCUGUUCCCCAUGGCACUUUGACCUUGUUAGCUAUGGGAUUGGGUCUUACGGUUGGGUUGUUCGCGCCAAAUCUGUCAAGAUCGUGGGCCUUCUACGGCGUAGGUUCAAUUGGCGCUGCCGUUCUGACUACCACUAGUCACUGGUCUGGGUUCUAUGGCGCCCUUGUUCUUGCUAUGUACACCAUGGCAGCAGCACCUAUCCUGAUUGCCCACGCGGCGCGCCACUCUCCAGGCCGGACGUUCGGACUCGGAUUCUUGGUGUACAACUUCAUGGUUCUCUUCCACGUCUGGGUUGUAGCCUACGCGUUCGUUCCUGGUGGCCCGCUCGUCCGCGAACAUACAGACUGGGUCAUGACAGCUAUGAUGCUCCAAAUCGGUGCCGGUAUCUUCAGUGUCUCUGCGCAACCGCCUGCACUUACAAACUACAAGGGCAAAGCUGUCAUUACUGCAGCCGCCGGUAGACAGCGGUCCUACUACUUGUACGUUCUCGGUGCUCUGGAGCUGAUUGCCAUCGCUACUGCCUACCUACGCUUCCCGUCAUACGACUACACGCCCUACCACCCAGAAACCAAGUCCAUCACUGCUGGUAUCUGGACGAUACAUUUCUCCCUUGAUAACGACAUGUGGUCUUCUGAAUACCGCAUGCGUGACCUGAUCAAAGAAAUGGAAGUCGAUGUCAUAGGUCUCCUAGAAAGCGAUCUCCAACGCAUCAUCAUGGGCAACCGUGAUACAACACAGUUCCUUGCCGAAGACCUAGGCAUGUAUGUCGAUUUUGGUCCGGGCCCGAACAAGCAUACAUGGGGCUCAGCGCUCCUCUCCAAGUUCCCAAUUGUAAACUCCACACACCAUCUCCUCCCGUCGCCCGUUGGCGAACUCGCUCCUGCCAUCGAAGCCACAAUCGACGCCUACGGCGAGAUGAUCGAUAUUUUCGUCUUCCACUCGGGCCAGGAAGAGGACCCCGAGGAUCGCCGCUUACAGUCAGAAUAUCUAGCCGAACGCAUGAAGGCUACGCCUCGCCCUGCCAUCCUCUUGUCGUACUUGGUCAUCAAACCUGGCGAGGGCAACUACAAUACUUAUGUGGGUGAGAAGAGUGGAAUGAAGGAUAUCGAUCCGUCAGACUGGGAUAGAUGGUGCGAAUACAUUCUCUUCAAGGGGUUGAAAAGAAGUGGAUAUGCGCGUGUUUCCAGGCAUACCAUUACGGAUACCGAGUUGCAGGUGGGCAAAUUCGUCGUCGGCGAGCCGGAGAAUGGAAACGAGCUUGUACAUGAAUCGCAGGUUCCUGCUGGCUUGAGAUUCCCGGAACUGUUCAAGGGACACGGUGUCAGGGGACAUAGGUAUCACGUCUUCAAUGAGCCCAGAUACUAUGCUUGA